UGUGGAAGGGAGCCUCCCCUCCCUCUGAGCCUGGGCUAGUUUUCCUCUCUUCUCCCUCUUUCUGCCCUGUUUCUCCGAGGCCCACCCAGUGUCACUCCCCGCCCCCUCCGAAGGGAGGAAAACAAGCCGCAAAACUUGUGUGGGAGGAAGGAUUAAGGGGAUUAAACUCCCGGAGAAGGAAGGGGGAUCUUGCUGGCAUCUCGUUGCUCUGAUUGCAGGGCAGGCUCCUGGGGGGGAGGAAUUUUAUGUCCCGGAGAGCCCGGCCGCUGCAAAGUGCUUAUUUUCUCCCGAGAGAGCCGGGAGCUGAGGAGUGCCAGCGUCCUGGCCGCGCUUGGCCGAGCCAGGCCGGGUCGCUCCGGAGGUCUGUGGGCCCGGAGGGGGCGGGGGCAGAGGGCGGGGAGACGGGGACCAUUUUCUCUUCGCGUCUCCUUCCCCCGCCCCCUCCCGUGCGACUCCAGGCGGGGCGGGGCCUCCGGCACCGGGGGUUCGCGUCCAGGAGGAGGGGGCUCGGCUUACUUUGGGGGAAGUAGCCUUACUCCUCCCCAGCACUCCCAGACCUGCUGAGAAAUAGCCCCCAGCCCUGUCGGGGGGCGUUAAGGGAAUGGGGUGGAAGCACGCGCGUUGUUCACCGACUUUAAGCCCUGAACUUUGGAUGAGGGAGGGCGACUCUUGCCAGAGCCAUCAGGAACUGGAACCUGCCCACGUGUGUGUCUUCCAUCCUCACUGCCCUGCGCUCUAACACACCCUGCUCCCAGCUGCUACCCGGGACAGGAGGAAUAUGCAUCUGGAGAUCAAGGUCGCCCUCAACUUCAUCAUCUCCUACCUGUACAACAAGCUGCCCCGGCGCCGCGCGGACCUCUUCGGGGAAGAGCUGGAGCGCCUGCUGAAGAAGAGGUACGAGGGUCACUGGUACCCGGACAAGCCCCUCAAGGGCUCGGGCUUCCGCUGCGUGCACAUCGGGGAGAUGGUGGACCCCGUGGUGGAGCUGGCGGCCAAGCGCAGCGGCCUGGCCGUGGAGGACGUGCGCGCCAACGUGCCCGAGGAGCUGAGCGUCUGGAUAGACCCCUUCGAGGUCUCCUACCAGAUCGGGGAGAAGGGCACCAUCAAGGUCCUGUACCUGGACGACAGCGAGGGCUGCGGCGCCGCCGCCGAGCUGGACAAGGAGAUCAAGAGCAGCUUCAAUCCGGAGGCCCAGGUCUUUGUCCCCAUUGGCAGCCAGGACAACUCCCUGUCCAACUCGCCCUCGCCGUCCCUGGGCCAGUCCCCCAGCCCCACCUUCAUCCCCCGCUCCGCCCAGCCCAUCACCUUCACCACCGCCACCUUCGCGGCCACCAAGUUUGGCUCCACCAAGAUGAAGAAAGGGGGCGGCGGCGCCGGCGGGGCGGGGGGCGGGGGAGGCGGCCAGCAGCCCCCACCCCAGCAGCCCCGCCUGGCCAGGUCUCCCCCCAACACCCUGCUGCGGCAGAAGGGCCUCUCCCUCUCUAUGCAUUCUCUGAACUUCAUCGGGGCGGGGCCAGCCCCCCAGUCCCAGCUCUCCCCCAAUGCCAAGGAAUUUGUGUACAACGGUGGCUCCCCCAGCCUCUUCUUUGAGGGGGCCGACGGGCCGCCCGGCGGUGGCCUGACCUCCGCCCCCUUCGGCGGCCCCAGCAGUAGCGGCUCCGGUGGCGGCGGCGGCGGCGGCAGCGGCUUCGACGUGGCCCAGGUGUUCGGAGGCGGCGCCAACGGCCUCUUCCUGGAGAAGUCCCCCUUUGUGGAGGGGCUCAGCUACAACCUGAACACCAUGCAGUACCCCAGCCAGUCCUUCCAGCCCGUGGUCCUGGCCAACUGACCACCCGCAGGGGGCCACCGAAAAGAGAAAGGAAAGGAAAGGAAAGGAAAGGAAAAAAAAAAAGGAAAAAUAGAAAUAUACAAAAAGAUUUCCGAUCUUCUUCUUCCUUCUGGCUUCUUGGGAAAAAGAUGCACGGGCCAGGCCUGGGGCCGGGAGCUCCCCAGGCUCCCACAGAUGUUUUAACUUGAUCCCCUGCUCUUUUCCUGCCUGUCUCUGAAUUUAUUUGGUUGGUUGGUUUGGGGUUUGGAAUUUCUUUUUCUUUCUGUUUUUUACAUUUAGGGUUUUUCUUUGUUCGUUUGUUUCCCCCUGACAUCGUUAGUGGCUUCUCUUUGAGCUGAAAGUGGUCCAGACGGGAGUUCGCCCUUCCUCUUGUACCCAACUGGUUGGGCCGGGGCCCUGCGGGAGAGGAGAGCCCCUCCCUGUAAGAUGGCAGCCUCUCCCCGGCCCCCUCCGAAGCCAGACCCCUGAGAGAUUUGCCCUGACCUGGCUGGCGAGGAACGCUGGACAACGAUGCCCCCCCCCCCCGGCUCUGCCUCGGGGGGCUCAGACCACAGGGCCUUCACCUCUGUUCUGUGGCCUCCCUCGCCUCAGCCCUUCCCAGCUUGCCCAAACCUUUGAUCUCAGGGGCCCCGGGGGAGCUGUCCCCCCUCCGCCUUCCACGGCUCAGGCAUCUCCCCCACCUCAGUUCUUGGGCUGGGAGCAUCCCGUUUUAGAGGACCUGACGGGCCACCGAGCCAUAUUCUGGGGUGGGGGGUGGCCAUGAGCGGGGUGGGCGGGGGGGCGGGGUGGGCGACCAUCCCAGAACACUCCAGAUCAAUUGGGCUGUGAAACACCGGGCAGAACGAGGGCUCCCAGCCGCCUGGUUUCCAGACUACCUGCACUUUUAUUUCAGACUGACCAAAAAUACAAAGAAACAAGGUUUUCUGCUCCUGGGGAGUGAGUCAAGGUCGCACAGCAGAGCGGGCUUGCCUGGGCCUUCCUCCCCCGCCCCAUGGGGGUCCAGCCCGAACCCAAGGAUGUGGACUGCUCGCCCUGACUGACCCUCAAGAGCGUUUAGGGGUCCCAAAGCAGUGCCUGGAGGAGGGGGCUUGGACAAAUGAGUGUCCCAAGACUUGAAUUCAGAGUUCAUUUUCCUUCCCCCCCCUUCCCCCUUUCUUUCUGCCCUUCCUCGGCCUUAAGCUGCAGCGGGCCUGGCUACCCUCUCCCCUCAUAGCCCUUUUUCAUUGCUGCCUUUUUGGGGGGAGACGAUGGGUUGGGCAGGAGUCCUCAGCCCACUCCCAGCCCUCUCUGGGGUCAGCCCCUGGAGGGCUGGUUUGGCCCUUUCUGGGGUCCAGAUCAGCUCCCAGAGGGCUGGCUCUGCCCUCCUAAGAGCAAGAGAGGAGAAGCGGGCAUGUGACUUUUGACUGGCUUGGCCUGGCAGGAACAGGGCAUCAAGGCCGACCUCCCUGCGCCCACUAGAGCCUCUCCCCCCACCCCCGCCUCUGGCACUGGGUUGUACCAAAGCCCCCGGUCCGAGUGCCGAGGCGGGCGGAAGCCGCGGUCCCGGUGGCAUCUUAACCAGGGUCCCCACUGCCAGCGUAGCCGCCCUCCUUUCCCGCCCCGCUGUUGGGCAGUUCAGCUCUACCUCCCCGGCCAGGCGACCUCCUGGCUUUGUAACCCAGCACUGCCUGCCCCUGCUCUCCACACUGUACUCAGGGUUGAGCCCUGGCUGGGCAGCCCUUCUCUCCCCGCCCACCCCCUAAAAAACAAAACAAAAAAAAAAUGACAAAUUUGCCUCUCCCGGCGGGUGCCAGGGGCCCAGGCAGAAAGGCGCCGGCUCUCCAUGCUGCUUGUGAGAGACCAGAUGCUGCCUUAGUUCCUCCACUUCAGCAUCUAGCCCUGGCUGUGUCAAACCCGCACAUGGAGUCCCCGGGGCCGGGCCCGGGAAGGAAGGACCGAGCCCCCGCCCCGAGCUCGCUCUGUCCCAUCUCAGACAUAGGCAUUCAUCUUCAAUUUUAUUUUUAUUUUUUAUUUAAAAAAAAAAAGAAAAAACAAACCUGCACUAAUUUACCUGAUUUCGUAGGAAAGCUUUUUUUUAUUUUUUACAUUUUUUUUGGUGUCCGUUUGUAAUGAAUAAUUUGCUACAUUUGUAAAAUGUAAGAGGUAUAUAUAAUAUAUGUAUAUUUCUAACGUAAAAAAAUUGUAAUUUUUUCUUUUGGAGAUUUUUUCUUAAAAAGAGGAGAGAAACAAAAAAAAUAUUUUUUCAGGAAAACAAAUUUUGGGAAAAAAAAGAGAGACUUGAACCCUUUUCUCCCUGGGGUCCCCAUCCUUCACCAUCCCACCUCCCCAGGAAGGAAUCCAAAAUGGGGUCGACUUGCAAAUUUAGGCCAGCAUGAGGGAUUUUCUUCUCAGUGCAGCAGGGUUUAGAUUGUCUCGUCUCGCCUCCGGUGCGGGACGGGGGCACGGGGAUCCAGAGAAGGGGUUGGGGGCUGGGGAGCAGAAUAGUUUAUUUUUUUCUUUAGUGAAGGAGGAAUACAAUCAGGAGUUUUGUAUUCAGACCGUCGUGCAAUAUUUUGGAACGGGACAUUGGAGUGUUUCGAGAUUUAGUUUGAAAAAACACACGGUUGAUCAAAUCUGUACAGUUUCUAUUGGUUCAGAUUUUUUUAAGUUUGUAUUAAAAGCAUGAUAUCUAA